AUGAGCCGCGGCCGAAGCGUCGUCAUUUCUAGCAGCAGCCCUGCCACUUACUACGGCGGUGAUGAACACGACGAGGAGGACCCGCUGGGACUCCUUCGAGGCACAUCGGCUGACAUCCACGACGGCGUCGGAAUUCUGGCCGGUUCGAGUUCCCUGUUGAGAUCACACACACCUGUGAGGGCAGAAGUGGGCUGUGAAAGUGGAGAUCCUCGUGAGGUCAUCGACGCAAUUUUGAGGAGUUCGAAAACAGUACGUGACCAAGUGUCUUCGCGACAGGCUCGUACUCUGGACUCAUACAAGGCCGAGAACAAGCUGUUGUACAAGGAAUUGUCCCUCUUGCCGCCAACAUACAGCCAGUAUAGAGCGGUCCGCGAGAGAGUAGCUUCACGUCGCAGACAGCGAAAUAUCCUAGAGACUGCCGGUCCGACGGCAUCGGCGCCCAUCUGUCACCCAUUAAACUUCCACCUGAACGGUGCUGAAGCCCAAGUCUCCAACGAGGACGACUGCUCUCAACCAGAAUGUAUAGACUUUGGUCUGACGAUAGAGGCGUCAGAGCUAGGAAACACACGAGCUUUGGAGGAUGAAAAGGAGCGAGGGGGAGACAACGGCAGCAUGGAAGGAAAGACAGGACUGGGGCUGGAGUGCGGCGAGGGGGGUGACAAUACUACUAGCCACGGUAGGCCAUCGCUUGAGGAAGGUGGCAGCGUCUCAAUGGACGAGGAGCCGGCCAACGAACGACCUUCGUCUGGAUGGGGAAGAAGAUGCAGCACUUUGGCGAGGGCCGGCUCUGCAUCGGAAACUCCCACCGGCAGGAAAACAGCACCACCCCCACUCCAACGCGUCGAAGCACGCCGCGGAGAAGAUGUCCCUGCCGCUCUUUGGCGGAGCAAGGUGCGCGGCAGGCAGAUGGUGUUCUCGCUGCUCGAGGCAGCUCGGAUCGAGGAGGAGGACAUGGAAGAGGCGUUACUAGCUUGCCCGGCAUCGACCAGUGAGGGGGGGGGCAGGGGGGGGCGAGAGGCGGCGUUUCAUAGCCUGGACGAGAUUAGAAGAAGAAACGCCAGAGAGCUCGAUGCUCUCAUGGCGGAGUACGACCCUCGUCCGAGCACAAAUCUCCCGCAACACACCCUCGACAGGCGGCUGCGAAAGUCGCUGCCUUGGCCGGAAAUAACCGACGAAGUUGUCGCUGGUGGCAAUCGUGAUGCCGCGAGCUGCCGUCAUGCGGUGCUGGACCAGCGGAAAACCGUCGGCCAAGGGGGGCAAGGAGGAGGAGGAGGAGGAGGAGGAGGAGGAGGAGGAGGAGGAGGAGGAGAGCAUGCCGGCGCCGACAUCGACAACGGGUGCAAUGGCACCGAAUGUGCUGGUGGUGAUCGGGAACAAUGUCACGGAGAAGGGGGAGGGGAAGGGGCAUGGUCACUAUCUCGUAGCGGUGGUGCAGGCGGGCGCGCCGCUGUCGACGGCAAAGCUAUCGGCGGCGACAAAGGCGAGGGCGGCGGCGAAAUAGGCCGGUCAGAUCAAGGCGACGACGACGCCCGAGGAGGCGAGGCCAGAGGCGAGGCCGUGGCAGGUGCUGGCAGCGGUGCUUCAGCAACAGCCGCAGCUGGUCGUGGGACGGAGAAGCUCCACCCGGAGUCGUCACCAUGCAGAACGAGCGUGUCUCCGAGUUGCGGUGCCGACGCUGCUGAUAAUGACGCCGAAGACACCACCGUCGCGAUCUCCGCGUCGCCAACGAAAGGUGCGGCCACCGAAGAUGGUGGACCAGCACGCGGCGGGGUGGAGGGAGGUGAUGAGACGAAAAGGCUCGAGACAGGCCAGCGGAAGAAGCCGACGCUUCCUGAUCCAAACCAAGUCAACGGGUCUGUCAUGGCCGACCCUUUCAACAUGGACCAUAUAAAGGAUUUGCCCGGGUUACUCGGUGGAGAUAAACGUGGGCUCAGCCGGCUAGUAUCGGACACGGUAAGCUAUAUCGAUCCCGCGUUUCCCAACCUCGAGUUUCACCGGCGGGCGGCGAUGGACAGAGCUGGCUACUUCAUGCCGGGAUACAAGCCCCAGGUGAUUUCUCCUGGACCUGCCGCUGGCGCCUACUGGCUGGAGAGACGCCAAUCGUACCGGGUUAAGAUGAGCGCACCGCCGUCCCCUGGUCGCGCCAGCACCAGCACCAGCAACGCGGGGAGAAGAAAAGCUCCACAACAACGCCCCCGGCGCCGAUCACCGCAACACAACAACAGCCAACACCGACCUAACGUUACCGCAUCGACUUCGACGCCUUUGGCGGACAACGACCGCGCGCGUCCAAGCGCUGUGCUACGAUCCAAGUACGACGGCAAGAUCGCUGGCACCACAGCUCGACCGAUCAGGGCAACCAGAACGGCAACAGCAUCGGCAACAACGAGAAGAGGUCCUCCCCAAGGUAUCAAAGGAGGAGAAAAAGAAAGGGGGAAAUGA